AUGGCGGCCUCCUCGGCACACAUUCAUGCCCUGGGCUCCUCCCCCGCAGCUGCCAUCUCUCCGUCUGGCAAGGCCUCCAGGAUGUCUUCCUCGAGGUCGGUCUUCUUCGGGAGCCGCCGCUCGGAAGCGAGCUCAAGGGUGGGAGCUCUGAGGUCGGGGAGAGGUGGGAGGGGGAAGGGAGGAGGUGGAUCUCUCAGGGUGGUCUGUGAGAAGGUGGUGGGGAUUGACCUCGGGACGACGAACUCGGCGGUGGCCGCCAUGGAAGGGGGGAAGCCGACCAUCGUGACAAACGCGGAGGGGCAGCGCACGACACCGUCUGUGGUGGCGUUCACGAAGAACGGCGACCGUCUGGUGGGGCAGAUUGCAAAGAGACAGGCGGUUGUGAAUCCUGAGAACACUUUCUUCUCUGUGAAGAGGUUCAUAGGGAGGAAGAUGUUCGAGGUGGACGAGGAGUCCAAGCAGGUCUCCUACAGGGUCAUCCGCGACGACAACGGGAACGUCAAGCUGGACUGCCCUGCCAUUGGCAAGCAGUUUGCUGCCGAAGAGAUCUCUGCUCAGGUCUGCGCGUGUUUGAUUUUCUUUUCCUCUGAUAUUCCCUGUUGAAUUUGAAGGUCUUUCAUACCUCAUGGUUGCACAGAACAUUUAUGCUUCACCAAAUCGUGGAGUCUGCGCGCCACUCUCCCGAAAUUCUUUGGAAUUGUUCAUAUGAUCUUCCUCUUAUCUUUUAAGAGAUUUUAUGUUUAAAGGUCAUCUAGUUCUUAUAAGAUAGCAUUGUGCUCAUCGAAUCUAUUAACCUGAUAUGAGACGUCAUCUAAUCGAUAUAAUCCUUUGUUUUGGAUUCAAGUUUUUUUCCUAAGAAUAGUUUUCAAGGGAUUCUCCACUGAGCACAUUUGGCCAACUUGAGUGCAUUCAUGGAGUGCUUUUUUACAAUCCUUAAAGAACUAGCAGAGAAAGCAUGUAAUAAAGGAUAAGAUUGGUUGGUAAGAUGAGUGCAAUCCAAUGACCAUGGUGUUUCAGUGCGACCCACAUCCACCCGAAACUGCCUUCCCGUUAAUUGAAUGAAUAUGCACCGAAAAACACGAAUAAAUAAUCCAAACUAAAAGCAUUAGAUUGGUUGAUAAGAUAACUGCAAUCCAAUGACCAUGUUAUUUCAGUAUGAUUCUUAUAAUUUAAUGUUUUCUCAUUGAUACCAUCUAUUUGAUCGGCUGCGGUUCCUUUUCACCGUUGAUUGCAUUUGUUCCUCAGCAGUUGGUUUUGUUUAUGCCUUUGAGAUUAUAAUGUAAUUUAUGUGUGCUCAGGUUCUAAGAAAGCUUGUGGAUGAUGCCUCCAAAUUUUUAAACGACAAGGUGACAAAGGCAGUGGUAACAGUGCCUGCAUACUUCAACGAUUCCCAGAGGACAGCGACAAAAGAUGCUGGCCGCAUUGCCGGCCUGGAUGUUCUUCGCAUCAUCAACGAACCCACCGCUGCCUCUCUGGCUUAUGGUUUUGAGAAGAAGAACAAUGAGACCAUUCUUGUGUUUGACCUUGGAGGUGGCACGUUUGAUGUUUCAGGUACGAGAAGCCUUGCAGACCAUGUAAACCUGAUAACCUACUUUUCUGUGCCAAUCUUCUUCUUUUUAUUGCUUCCGCUUUGGUUGUGGUUUUGGUGGGAAGAAUCAUAUUCUUCUUUUAAGGAAGGAUUGAUAUCAGUUUCACAUGCUUAGAUAUAUCUUUCAUGUUAUCAUCUACUUCUUUUUGGUCAUCUUCUUCUCGAGCUUAAUGCAUGAGCUUACUUAAUUCUGCUGAACUUAUUUUUUUCUGGCAGUCUUCUCCUUUUCUUGCUUCUACUUUGAUUGUAGUUAUGCUAGGAAAAAAAUUAUUUUGUUUAAGGAUGGAUUGUGGUCAUCUUCUUCCUGAACUUAAUUCUUUCAACCUUGUUCUGUCUCGUAUUCAGUUCUUGAAGUGGGAGAUGGUGUGUUCGAGGUGCUUUCAACCUCCGGUGAUACCCACCUGGGUGGUGAUGAUUUUGACAAGGUUAGUCAAGCGUAUCUGAUGCUAAAAUGAUGGACUGAUAUCAUACUUAAUUAUAAUUUGACAUCAUUUUCUGUUCAUCAAUGUUCUGCUGAUUGUGAAGAUCUGUAAAUGCGUGGCCAUUUUCCAUUUGCUUUGGGCGUCUAAAAUCAAAAUCUCUCCUCUGUCAUUUCCUCAUUCAUACUUUCAGCUAUAUAUAUCCCAGAUUAAUGUCCUUCCCUUAAUCUUCGAUUUUCCCCCUGUAAUUCCCGUCUAGCAUUCCCUGUGGGCAUUGAAGAGCAUUUUAACGAAGAACAUGGAGAGAAUCUCUCGUUGACAUUUUUAGGCAAAUCCCGAAAGAAAUUCGCUGCUCUUACUUACCGUAUCAUCAUGAUUUUACCAUUCUUAGACUUUAUUUAUUUUUGCCAGAAGGAAUGAUGCUCUUCUCUUAGCAGAAAUUUGCUGCACAGCAAGUUUCUGCCAUAGCAGAGAAGAAGCACUCUCUCUCUCUCUCUUCUUCUUCUUCGUCUUCAUCUUCGUCUUCUCCAUCCCUUUCCAUGGGUUUCUCCAUUGACACCUGCUCAUCUUCUCAUCUGAACCAGAGGGUUGUCGACUGGCUGGCAGCAAACUUCAAGAGAGACGAGGGCAUUGACCUGCUCAAGGACAAGCAGGCCCUGCAGCGGCUGACUGAGACGGCUGAGAAGGCAAAAAUGGAGCUCUCCUCCCUGACUCAGACCAACAUCAGGUAUCCACUCCCCCUCCCCCCCUCCCCGAUCUCCUCCUCCCCUCUAUCAUCUCCUCAGAAAGAAAUCUUUCUUAUUUGUCCUCUGCAGCCUGCCGUUCAUCACUGCGACAGCAGACGGGCCGAAGCACAUUGAGACGACCCUGACAAGGGCCAAGUUUGAGGAGCUCUGCUCAGACCUGCUGGACAGGCUGAGGACCCCCGUUGACAACUCUCUGAGGGAUGCCAAGCUCGCCUUCAGUGAUCUCGAUGAGGUUAUCCUUGUUGGCGGCUCUACUCGGAUCCCUGCCGUGCAGGACCUCGUCCGCAAGAUCACCGGCAAGGAGCCCAACGUCACUGUCAACCCCGAUGAGGUCGUUGCCCUUGGUGCCGCUGUCCAGGUCUGCAGAUUCCUCUCUGUUUCUCUCUCUUACUUUAAAAUCUGAUGGACCAUCCAUGAUAAUUUCCCAUAAUGAUAUAGUAUAAAGCUUGAACGGUGAUUCGAUCCUUUAAAGAGACUCUCUCUCUCGCUCGCUCGCUCGCUCGAUCUUGCUCUCUCUCUCUCUCUCUCUGUUUUAUUUGUUUGCCGCUGCCAGAAACAUCUUUAACCUCUAGUGGAUCAUCCAAGAUAAUUUCUCAUAACUGAUAUUUUAAAGUUUGAACAAAGAUUUCCAUCUUUAUUUUACAAAAUGAGUAAUUUGAUCCAUUAAAUAGGCCGCCCGAAACAUCUUUGAUCUCUAAUGAACCAUCUUUGAUAAUUUAUUUCCCAUAACUGAUAUAAGUCCCCAUAGCUCGAACAAAGAUUUCCAUCUUUCUUUUUCCCAGAAUGAUGAAUUCGAUCUAUUAAAGAGGCGGUGGUGGUGAUCUGGUCUUUUUGUGAAUCCUCAGGCAGGGGUUCUCUCCGGCGACGUGAGCGACAUCGUGCUGCUGGACGUGUCGCCGCUGUCCCUCGGCCUGGAGACACUCGGUGGCGUGAUGACGAAGAUCAUCCCGAGGAACACAACACUGCCCACCUCCAAAUCGGAGGUCUUCUCCACCGCUGCUGAUGGCCAGACCAGCGUCGACAUCAAUGUGCUCCAAGGCGAGCGAGAAUUCGUGCGCGACAACAAAUCGCUCGGCCGAUUCCGCCUCGAUGGCAUCCCCCCCGCCCCACGUGGCGUCCCCCAGAUCGAAGUCAAGUUUGACAUCGACGCCAAUGGCAUCCUCUCCGUCACUGCCAUUGACAAGGGUACCGGAAAGAAGCAGGAUAUCACCAUCACUGGCGCCAGCACCCUCCCCUCCGACGAAGUACUACUACCCACUUUCUCUCUCUAAUUGUUUUUGGUGGCCUUGGGGAGUACUCACUCACUGCUUUUUCUUUCUCUCUACUGGUUUUUUUCUCUAAAUUGUUUUGGGUGGGCUGGGGGAGUACUCAGUCACUACUUGUUCUCUCUAUCUCUACCGGGUUUUUUCCUCUCUAAAUUGUGUUCGAUGGGAUUGGGGAGUGUUCGCUCAUUACUCUCUUUCUCCCUCUACUGGGUUUUUCUCUCUCUAAAUUGUUUUCGAUGGGCUUGGGGAGUGUUCGCUCAUUACUCUCUUUCUCCCUCUACUGGGUUUUUCUCUCUCUCUAAAUUGUUUUUGGUGGGCUUGGGGAUUACUCACUCACUGCUUUUUCUCUCUCUACUAUGUUUUUUUCUCUCUAAUCUUUUUUUGUGGGCUUGAGAGGUGUUAUCACUCACUACUUGUUCUCUCUCUCUCUCUCUAAAUUGUUUUUGUUGGGCUUGGCGAGUACUCACUCACUUGUUAUUCCUCUCUCUACUUAGUUUUUAUUACUCUCUCUCUCUCUCUCUCUCUCUCUCUAAAAUGUUUUUGGCGGGGAGUGCAGGUGCAGAGGAUGGUGAGCGAGGCGGAGAAGUUUGCCAAGGAGGACAAGGAGAAGAGGGACGCCAUUGACACGAAGAACCAGGCGGACACGGUCAUCUACCAGACGGAGAAGCAGCUCAAGGAGCUGGGGGAGAAGGUGCCCGCGGAAGUGAAGGAGAAGGUGGAGGGGAAGCUCGGAGAGCUCAAGGAGGCCGUUGCAGGUGAGUCAACGCAGGCCAUCAAGGACGCCAUCGCCGCCCUCAACCAGGAGGUCAUGCAGCUCGGCCAGUCCCUCUACAACCAGCCCGGUGGCGGCGCCGCCGCUCCGCCCGGCGGCGACCCGGGCUCCUCCGCCGGACCCACUGGCGGCGCCGCUGGGGACUCCGGCGACGUGAUUGAUGCGGACUUCACCGACAGCAAGUGA